UGGGUGACUCAGGUGAGCUAAGCGCAGGGGAGGGGUUACAUUUACUAACUAACUCGCAAUGUUUCUAACUUCGGGCGCAGCUUCGUUCCUGGUUCCGCCAGUCGCCAUGGCCUCUGAAUUAAGCCAAGACGCGGUGCUGCAAUUUAUUCUUAGCAAAAACGGAAGAGUGAGAAACGCCGACCUCCUGACGCACUUCAGGACUUUCCUUAGAGAAAACGACGAGAAGACGCAGAACAGGGAAUUCUUUAAAAAGUUUGUGAACUCUGUCGCGGUGGUUAAGCAAGAGGAAGGCGUGUCAUUCGUUGUGUUAAAGAAGAGGUACAUGGUGCAUGUUGGAGACGCCGUCCCAGCUCCGAAAGCUUACCGGGAAAAACAUAAACAAGCUAAACAAACAGGAUUUUCCCCGCAAGAGGAAAAUGGAAACCUGGAGAAAGGUCAGGCUUCACCUCAAACUAAGUUUAAAUUAAAAACACAGCCCGUGUCACGUUUGGAAGGGUUUAACGCGCUUCCAAGCACUAAUAACAUUUUACCUUCUGCUGGGAUUAUUACCAAUGUAGAGGGAAAACGUGACACAAAUCCUCCGCUUUCUACUUUACAUACGUCAAUCACCAAGACCGAUAGAGUUACAGAGAACCGCAGCUGUACUUUGAAAUUGCCUGAAGCUAAAGUGGUAUAUGGGGUUGAGAAACCGCAAGAUAAUGUCUCCGAUAAAACUUCUGUUGCCCCAGCAAAUACUGAACGAAUACAUGCAAGCAUCGCUAAACCGAGACCGUCCGAACCUUUGCCCAAGCAGAAAGCGACAUUUUCUCAGAAUCAUCCAUACAGCAGCAGUAAUAUCUCUCCGGACGUACCUGCAAAACCAAAUGUCCUGGAAAAAGUCGAAAAAGAAAUCAAACGUCAAGAAUUUUCAAGCUCAGUAUGCCCCUUAACUGUGACAACCAGAAAUAUUUCACAAUCGUCUUCUUGUAUUUUGAGUUGUCACAAAGAUUCGGAUAACACAGGAGCGACUCCCAGCCAUGAAAGCCAACCGGCACCUUUGGAGAUCCUUGAAAGUACCAGAUCCCAUCAGCAGGAAGACGGUGUAGCAGCUGAAAUGAACCCCCAUCUUUCCUACCACAGCUUACCACCAGAGAGCCCUGGGUCCUCAGUGGACAGCUAUUCGGAUAUGUAUCGGACUGGACUUUCUGCCAGUCAUGGGGAUCUUUUGUCACCGUCUUACGGGAACUCUGAGUGGCCUGAGAGGUUCCACAAAGACCAGGAUUGGGCCAGUGAUGAAAGCCUCAAUUUCAAGGGACUCUCAAGUGGGAAACGGAGAGUAUUUGAGAUGCUUCAUCGUGCCCUGGAGCCCAAGCUGGCUUUGCUGCACCGGGCGGAGAGAAAGGUGACCCCCUAUCAUCAUUCUACUGGUUACCUUGAUGAUGUGCCCAGGGAAGGUCAGUCUGGAUCAGAGUCUGGGCAUCCCGUCCCCCUGCAUACCAUGAACCGGAAGUCCAGUGAAUUCCGUAACAGGAUGUGUCGUAGCUUGGGAGCUGACCUGGACCAGCCAUUCCAUGAUGAUGUAGUGUCCGCAAGGAAGAACAGACUCUACUUGCUCUCCUCAUCUUUAAGCAUGAGCUAUCUAAGUCGACCCUCCCAUUUAAGUAGAUCUGGGAAUGUUGCUUGUCCUGAUCACAAGGUCUCCACAAGUGAGAGUGCUUACUUCCAUAGGAACACCUUAGUGCCACUGGAAUCAAAAGAACAUGACUGGUUGGUCAAGGCAGCUUCUGGGUGCUGGACUGAAAUAUACUCUCUCUUUCGAGAGGAUCCGAGUCUCUUAAAUAAGAGGGAUUUCAUUUCAGGAUUCACGGUGCUACACUGGAUUGCGAAACACGGAGAUCAUCGCGUUCUUAAUACUCUGUGGUAUGGAGUUAGUAAAGCUGGACUGAACUUUGAUAUUGACAGUAAAACAACCUGUGGAUACACUCCCCUACAUCUGGCAGUCAUCCAUGGACACCGGAAGCUGAUCCGUCUUCUAGUACAUAAAUUCAAAGCCAAGGUAUCAUUGAGGGAUACAAGUGGCAAGAAAGCGUGGCAAUACCUUGGCCUCAAUAGCUCCAGGGAUCUCCUUGAGUUGCUUGGAGCUCCAAAGUCGAAGACUGCACAUGGUAAGAUAUUUGGGUACUCUUCAGAGAAGCUGUUGAUACAGCCAAACAGCACGUGUCCCUCUGUGAAGAGGCAGACCUCCAUAGCUGCUAUCCUCAAGCAUAAAUCGCUAUUGAAAAUCCACGCUCAUUCAGAGUCUUCUGUAUAAACACAGCUGUUAAUGCUUUAAAACUCUUUUUUUUAGCAUUUUUCUGUUGGGUUUCCCAAAGGCUAUCUGUUCUGAUGUCAUUGCUGAAAAUUUAACAUUGUACUAGUAUGAUACAGUUAUUACACAAUGCAUACCAGUUAUGAAUUCUGUGAUGUUUAGCAUCUUUGUGACGUUGUUGUGUAAUGCAUCUGCUAUAUCCUUUGUUUACAAUUAUAGGUUUUUCCAAAAAAAACUUAAGAUUAUUCAUACCCAAAAGUUUAUGUUUUACCAACUAAUAUGCAGCUUAUUGGCUCAUCUACUCCACUGGAUAGGACAUAUUUAAUAUUUAGUGGUAGAAAUUAUUUUCCCCUUCUGCCUGAGCUGCUUUAAACAUUGGUGAAGUGCUUUGUUGCAUAACAACCUACAUAAGUGGUACGUCUUCUUUUUUUUCUGAAGAGGAAGCCAUAAUUAUCUUUUUGUUUUAUUCAUUCUACAUACCAGUCAAUGUUGCACAUAGUUUUUUUUUUUUUAUAAUAUGUAUGAAACUAGUAGGUAAUGUGACUGGUUUUGCAACAUUAGAAUUUUAUAUGGAAAACACUUGGUGGCUGGAUGUUAGUUGCUCAGCAUACAGACAGUAAUUGUCUUUGCUGGUGUUCCAGGCUUGCAGUGACUGACAGGGACUCAUACUAGAAUGAUGUGACCUGUAUGGUUAUUCUGUUACUGCUGCAGGAUGCACCCUGCUAAGGACGUUUCAAUGGCCACACAAAUAACACUCAGUAUAAUCAAAAACUAGCUAUUGUUGCCUUAGGAUAUAAACUAUCUGUGUUUUUGCAUGUACCAGAGCUAUUUUUUUGACUUUUUUACUUCUGAACCUUAAUAUGUGGUGUCUUGCAUAUUCAUAUAUGUAUUUUAUUUUAAAAGGUUUCGUAUAAAUAAAUCCAUAUAAUGUAAAUGUGUAUAA